GCUGAGGGGCGCGCGCCGAGGCAGAAGAUUGGCUGCGGCGGGGAAAGGCGGAAGUGGCGCUGAUGGCGACAUGGAGGUCCCUCCCCAGGACUACCGGAACGUGCCCAUCGACAUCCAGACCAGCAAACUCCUGGACUGGCUCGUGGACAGGCGCCACUGCAGCCUGAAGUGGCAGAGCCAAGUGCAGCUCAUCCGGCAGCGGAUCGACGUGGCCAUCCAGGACAUGCCGGAGAACCAGGAGAUCAAACAGCUCCUGGAGGGAUCCUACCUGCACUACUUCCACUGCCUGAGGAUCGUGGAGAUCCUCAAGGGCACCGAGGCCUCCACCAAGAACCUCUUUGGCCGUUACUCGUCCCAGCGGAUGAAGGACUGGCAGGAGAUCGUGGCCCUCUAUGAGAAGGAGAACACCUACCUGGCCGAGCUCUCCAGCCUCCUGGUCCGCAGCAUCAGCUACGAGAUCCCGUCCCUGCGGAGGCAGCUCGGGAGGUGCCAACAGGCCCAGCAGGACUUUUCCCGGCGGGAAGAGGAGUGUCAGGUGGGAGCAGCCGAGCUCAGGGAGCGCUUCCUGGCCUCCUGCAAACAGUAUGGAAUCACUGGUGACAACGUGCGGCAGGAGCUGCUGGCCCUGGUGCAGGACCUGCCCUCGCUGCUGUCCCGUGUCGGGGACACCGUGGGGGACCUGGGGGAGGCCAUCGAGCUCUACCAGGCCUGCGUGGGCUUCGUGUGUGACAGCCCCUCGGAGGCCGUGGUGCCCCUCCUGAGGCACGUGUGUGCCCGCGGGAACACCACGGUGCAGGAGUGGCGGAUGGGCCGGGAGCCGCGGCGGGUGGAGCGGCCGGAGCUGCGGGAGGAGGAGCCGGAGCCGCCCCGGGAGGACACGAUCGACUGGGGGGAUUUCCCGCUGGAUCCCCCCCCGGGAGGGGAUGGAGGAGCUGCCGAGGGGGGCGAGGAGAUCGACUGGGGGAUCACGGUGGAGCCCAGUGCUCAGGUGUGUGACACCCCCCCGGGGCUGGGAUUGCCCUGCUCCAGGGCCUGGGGGUACGUGGAGAGGGUGUCAGAGCUGCUGAAGCAGAAGCUGAAGCAGGCAGAGCUGCUCCUGGCCAAGAAGGAGGUGAUGGCCCAGAAGCGCCGGGAGGCCCUGGCAGAGCAGGGAUCCCUGGAGCCCAAGCUCGACCGGCUGCUGGAGAAGACCAAGGAGCUGCAGAAGCUGAUCGAGGCCGACAUCUCCAAGCGCUACGGAGGGCGCCCCGUCAACCUCAUGGGCAUCAACCUGUGACCCCCCAGACCCCCCCUUCACACCCCGGGGGUGCUGCUGGGUGGCCCUGGCCUCGCUGAGGGGGGUGGAUUUGGGGGAAUAAAGCAAAU